GUGGGGAGCAUUUAUACUUCAGUUCCUGUAAACCUGACUGAACGCAGACAAAAUGGAUCACCAUGAAGUUACCUCGGAGGCUGACAAAAUCCAUCAAAAUCGUCUCUCAAAUGUCACAGAAGAUGAAGAGCAAGAUGCUGCAUAUACAAUUGUGACAGUCCUAGAUAAAGUGGCCAACAUUGUACACAGUGUACAGGAGAGCCAGAAAAGAAUCGAAGAGCGACACAGAGAAAUGGAGAACGCUAUCAAGACCAUACAGAUUGAUAUUUUAAAGCUUGCCCAGACUCAUGGCAAUACGGGCUACACUGUUAACAAGUUGCUGGAGAAAACCUGCAAAGUUAGUUCCCAUGUUAAAGAAGUGAGGGCACGUGUGGAAAAGCAGAGUGCUAAUGUGCGAAAGGUUGAAGCAAAACAAGAGGAGAUGCUGAGAAAAAACAAAUUUCGGGUUGUAAUAUACCAGGAGGAAACAGAAUGUCCAUCUUCGCUGUCUGUUAUCAAAGACAGGACAAGAGGUGAAAACCUGGAAGAGCAAUUCUUCCCACCUGAUGACCUCUCUUCUGAUGAAGAAUAUUAUAUAGACGAAAGCAGAGCAUCCCGAUUUAAAAAAUCAGGCAUGAGACGCAUAGAUAAUAUCAAAAAGGCAUUUUCAAGGGAAAAUAUGCAGAAGACCAGACAAAAUUUUGGCAAGAAGGUGAACAGGCUUCGAACUAGAAUAGUGACACCAGAGAGGCGAGAGAGACUGAGGCAGUCAGGAGAAAGGCUGAAACAAUCUGGGAUAAGGCUCAAGAAAACUAUUUCAAAAGCAGCUCCAACAAAGGAGACAUUCAAGGUCAAUAAGAAAGAUAAAGAGCGAACAGUAGCUGAAGGGCAAGAAGGAAUCCAGGAAGCUGGUGUGCAUGCAGUUUCAGCGAGUGGGGCAGAAGAACCAGUCACAGAAGAGAUUUCCUACACAGAAGUGAUCACCAAAGUAAAGAAAGACAAAGGCAGUGGAACAAAAGGCACAUCCCAGCCAGCAGAGAAAAUCGUUCUUAAACAGGAGGCAACAGAAGGAGGAAGUGAUAAUGUUCUUCUCUUGGACCUCAAGCAUCCAGCAUAAGUGAUUAAGUAGUAUAUACUGUGUUAUUGUACAAGAGAAAGCAUAGUUAGUAUCUGUUCACUUGGACAGAUUGAGAGUGUGUGUAACUUUUUAUUGUUAUAGCAGAAAAAUAUAUCGGUGCUGUUCUAGUGUUUAUAUGUAUAGCAGACAAUGUGUUUGUUGCCUUUUUAUUACUACGCAAAGUCACAUAAACAGAACAAAGGGUCUCAUCUCUCUUGACGUGUACAUAUAACUUCAAUUAAUGUGAAUGGGAGUUACAAUUGCACAUCACAAGGAGAUGGAAACUCCUUGUAUAUUUAAAACAAAAAUAUAAGGCACUUAAUCGCCUUGUUGCUAUCUUUAGUUUUAUGCACAGAGGCAUCCAAAGAACAUCUCCAUUUAUCUCAUGCCAACAUCAAAAAGCAAACAAGCAACUGAGAUAAAUGUAUUACUUUAUAUUAGCAGAAGGGAAGACUACAAGAAUUGCUGUAAGACUCCUUUUGGACCGCCCGCUCAAAUAGCAGGAAGAGGAAAUUAUUGCUUUGGAGACAGUGCAAUAAAAAGCAGCAAAGACAAUAGAUUUUUGAGAACUGUUAUCUGAAGUGACUAAUAGGGAUUUCUAGCAUUUUGAAAGGGGGGAUUGAUGAAGUUGAGAGCUGCACUUUCUGAAGCAGCAGCAGGUUAAAAACAAUAGCACAAAUUAAACACUGGACAAAUCUGGAGGCAAUGGAGAACUCUGAUAGAAUAGCUGUAUUAUGCAAAGGUCAGUGCAAGUGUCAUUUGGUACUGAGGAAGGCGAUGGUAUAAAUUAGUAGUAAGGGAAACAAGAUUAAUAUAUGGGCACUGAGGAAUUGAGAGUUAAAAACAAGAAUGUGGGACUAAAGUGAACUUUGAGAAGGGCAGGCCCAUUUGCCUUUUCUGUGCAAGAACUGAUGAAUAGUUGUUCUUCUGCUCCAGUCAUACAAAACUGAAAACAGUUUCAGAAUUAAUUGCCACUGACAGAGCAGAGGAAAAACAGAUUGUUGUUUGUUUUUUUCUUAAGGUAGCUGCUGAGAUAAAAGGACCACUCUGUUUUCUGCUCUUGGCAUUUUGCUGGGGUUCUAAACAAUUAAAAUCAAUGCCAUCAAAAGCUAUUGACAUGCAGGCCAAUCCAUAUCCAGUUCUUUGUUUUCUUCUCAUCACCACUAUCGACCAGUCACAGCCACAGAGAGUGCAAGCCAGACACAAUCUUUAAGAGUAUGAAACACAGUGUUUAUAGCACUAAGGAGGGAGGAAUCUAUGCUCUGAAAUGAGGUAUGUUAGUAAACAUAGCCAUUGUACUGGCAGAAUAAGCAUGGUUUAAUGGGCCUCUUCUGUUUAAGUUUACUUGAUGUCUCCUUAGUACUUACAUAAAAUUAGAUCUCAGAGUGAGGCAUUGAUAUUUGUACAAUAUUGACAACAGCUAUGAGUUUAUUUACUGUCCAAGAUUCUAUUUUGACCCAGGACCCAUGGCUAACUGGUCAAGCUAUCAUUAAAACCCAAUUAGAUUUGAUUUCCAAUACUUUGCCUGCCAGUCCUGUGAUUCAGUCCCUGGUACCUAGAAUCGGAAUUUUCUGAAUUAGGAAUUAGCUAUGGCAACUAUGGAACACCGGUUCUAAGGGCUUAAUGAUAUACUAUGUAACUGGCACGACAAAGCUUUCAAAUUGGAUUCGUGGUACCGGUUUGGGAUGAAUGAAGUCAUGAGGCACUGUAAGCGAGACCAAUGUUUGCAUAACAUCUAUUGUAAAUAUAUUCAAUACUGUAAUAAAUAACUAUUAAAAAGAAAAAAAAACCCGAAGAUUCCUCAGUGCAUAUGGAAGGAGCAUUUGAAAGUUUAGCUGGCAAGCUAUGUAACUGUGUAAUAUUUUUCUUGUUCUUUAUAUCACUGUAGCCAUCUUCCCUUGCACAGAUGGUAAUGGUGACUGUUUAUGAUGUUACAUAGUCCAUGUUCUAUUUUGCGUGAGUUGAUGUUAUCCUACAAUAAAA